UUUAUGCAAGAUGGAUCCCCAGGUAGGUGCAUAUGAGAAUUACCCCUAAAAAUUGUCUGAAAUUGCAGUUAUUUAAAGUGAUUCCAAGCCCUGACAAUGUCUAAAAUCAGUCUGAUGACAAGGAAUGCAACAUGCAAGAAAUCCUAAGAUUUAAUGGUUGACACUUAUCAAAGCAAAGAUGGACGGGGAAGAUAUUCAGACCUUGAUCCAGUCAAACACCCCCUCUCAAAUAGAGGAUCUGAAGAAGAAGUUCUAUGAACAAUUCAACUCUACAAAAGAUUCAUGGCUGCUCAAUGGUAUUUUCGAUUGUUACCUUCAGACCAGCAGCUUACGACUUGUGGAGAUACUUGUUGGAGUCAGAGAACCCCACGAUGUUCAUCUCUUCAACAAGCUAUCAGAAACACUGAAGGGUCAAUGUAAACUUCAAGCCUUAACAUUGUUAGGUCAUGUUGUCCGAAGAAGACCUACAUGGCUAAUAAAGAUUACAAAACAUUCAGUUUUGAGUGAUUUGUUGAAAAUACUUAAAAUGGAAACAGAUAUAUUGCUUCUUAUGAGUGCACUUUUAGUGGUCAUAGUUUUGUUACCUAUGAUUCCAUCUCUGAUAUCACCACACCUCAAUGAGAUUUUUGAUGUUUUCAGUCGACUGGCUGCAUGGAAUACUAACAACCCAAACAAAGUGCCAGAACAAAACCUGCUACACCUUCAAGUAGGCCUUUUUGAGCUAUUCAAUAGGCUGUAUGGCAUGUACCCAUGUAACUUUUUAUACUACCUACGACACCAGUAUUCUCUUCGAGAGAACUUGGAUGUAUUCAGUCACACUAUAAAGCCUAUGGUGUUCUCCGUAAGGAUGCAUCCUCAACUGGUGACAACAUCCAAAGAUGCUGAAACUGCUGCUAGCAGGUGGAAGAAAAUGGAGGAUCAUGAUGUAAUAGUUGAAUGUGCAAAGUAUGUAUUAGACACAGGCCGAGAUGAACUAGUUCCAAUAGCAAACAGUGUCACACGGCCUCAUUCAACAGUACAGACGGAGCUUGCCACUGCUCUAGAGAAAUCACAACAAUCUGGCGGAAGAUGCAUGGCAUCAGAUUUAUCAUUGCCCUAUGGGGCUAAUGACGUAGAAUGGAGUCCCAGUUCUCGGUGUGGUCUCAACACACCACCUCCUCCUGAGUCAACCCCAACAUCAAUUCCACAUACACCCAUACAACAGAAUUAUGUCGUUAGCUCCUCAUUUCCACAUCAAGAAGGAACAUCUCCACCAGAAGCAGCGAUUGAGGCUACUCCAGAAACCACACCAAUAAAGGAUUUGCGUCUGCUGUCUCGUCAACCUCUUGCUCCAUCAAGUGUUGUCCGAGCUCUGAACCACUCUCUCAGCUCAGGAGGAGGGACUCUGCCGCAAAAGUGGCCUGGAGGGUUGUCGGUGAGCACUUCGUACUCUCAACCCUCAUCACCCAUGAAGAAAGAGCCCUCCCCAUUCAGGUAUUCAGGAAUCAAUCAACAGAUGACAGCUACCCCACCUCCAACAUUCCCUUCAGAGGCAGCUCCUUCAAUGUCGGCGUUUCAGCAACCUCGACGUGAUUCUCUUCCUCUUGGGGGACAUUUGAUGAUGGACCAACCACCCCUUGUAGAAUCUACUUCAAUGUCUCGAAGGGUAGCAAAUUUACUCCAAGAUCGAAAACAGAUAUCCACAGAAACAUAUUCAGACAAGCAAUCGGCUAACAUGGCUGGAAUGAGGAUCAAAAGUGGUUCUGUUUCUACCAACACGUCCUCGGCAACAAGAUUACCAUCAAGCCCUCUGCGAGUCAUAGGCUCUUCUGGAGUACCUCCGGAAAGUCCUGUACCAAUUGAACCAACUGCCCCAGUGCCAGGCUCCAGGGAUUGGCCUAUCACUAGACCCACACCAGAAAAGAAUGGAUUUCAUUUAGCUGAAAGGCAUGCUUCACAAGUGCCAUCUGGCUCUUUGUUCCAUCAAAGUGAUUCAACCCAAGAGGAUCAAGAAAUUGUUGAAAUUGUAAAACAAGGAGAACAGUUCCGCAAUGAGUCGCAUCCCAUUAAUAUGAAUACUCCUCACUCUGCCAGUCGACAAUGUGAUUCAGUUCUUCAGGACAUCCCUGCAAGCCAAAGUCAUGACCAGGAUUGUGAAAUAGAUGGUGAGGAAUGUCUUCAAGAGCAGUCAGGGUCACCAUGUGCAUCAGGAGGUUUGCACAUGCCGACUUCUGUCAUGGACAUCACUCGGAGGGCCCGUCGCAUGCGCUAUCAUAGUCAGUGUUUGCCAUCUGUUCACCACCACCCGGUUCUCUCGGAUACUAACAUUGGAAGCACUGGCAGUAGUCCGGGAAAUGGAGCACCUUUUCCAAGUGGGAAAGUACGUCGAACUAAUUCGUGUCCUGAAAUGGAAAAGACUCAAGGAGCUGAUUUGAAAGUGGAUUUCACUGUUGAAGAAAGAGAAGAGUCAGAGGAUUGCAUGAUAAUUGAAGAUGCAACGACCCCUCAAAAUUCAAUUGGUGAUGAGGCAAUGGUGAAUGGUUGCAACCACAUCCAGUGCAAACCAGAAAUGGUUUCUGAGAGCACGCAAACCAUUGAAUUUACUCCCGCCCCUUAUGAACAUUUAUUCAUGUCUGUAUUUCCACCUAUGGAACCUCACUAUAGCCAAACUCCCAGCCCAGCCCCAAACAUGCUUCAACCAAAGUUUGAAAACGUUAGUCCUCAAGCUCAGUUGGAUCAAUUUUUGUGGAAUAUUAUUGAAAACCGACCUAAAAGUACAAGCUUAGAUGCAGAUAGCCGUUUACUACGAGAGCAGAGGGAGCAAAUAGAGUUGUUGAAAAUACAAUUACAAUUUGAACGACAACGCAGAGAAGUUUAUGCAGAAAGAAAUAGACGCUUGCUUGGAAGAUCUCGUGACAACAGAGCUCUGGAAGAAGUUAAAACAGCUCUAAAGGAACAAUUGAGCCUAUUACAGCAUGAAUUAGAUUCGGUACGGAAAGAGGGAACCAAACAAAGAGAAGAGUUGGUCAAAAGAAUCCAGCAAGAGCAAUCCUCUGUCAAAUAUUGGGAAGAUCAGUGUGUACAGGCACAAGCUGAUUUGCAUGAGUGGAAACUGAAAUUUGAGGAAAUUGAGCAAAAGUACCUUCUUGAACAAAAAUCCACAGCUAUGGUACAAAAAGAAUACCAAAAAGCCCAAGGCAAACUGUUGGACAUAAGCAAUGAAAAAAGACAGGCGGAAAUGAGCGCUGCUGCAGCUGAACGCUUAAGAACAGAUGUGCAACAGCUUCAACGUGAAUUGUUCUUGGCUGGAGAACAGCAGCAGCGAAUGUACGAAAAAAUUCAGUACAUGACGCUUAAUUACAACCGACCAGAGGAAUAUACCAGCAUUAAAGAAGCUUAUCAUGAAGAACUUAACAGUCUGCGUCAAGUGCUGGAUUCUAAAAAUUCCUCUCUAGAAGCUGCUAAGGCACGCGUAGCAGAGCUGGAGUCCAAUGCUACGACUGUCGCCCACCAAAUGAAUGAAAAGAAGCGGCAGCUUAAGGUAGUCAAAGAUGAGUACAAUGAUCAACUCCAGGCUACAGAGAGUAAAUAUCAAGCUCAAAAGAAGAUAAACCAAAGACUUCAAGAGAAUAAUCUGGAACUUCUUAAAAUAAUUGCGGAGUUCAAAAGCAAGCGGAAACGAGAAGGAAGAGAACCCUCCGCGUCUCAACCAGCCGCUUCUGGCAGCUCAUCUCAUGUGCAUCCAAAGAGCCCUGAUAGUGUGUGCAGUGAUGACAGACUGCCUCAUUCAAGCUCACCUCUCUCUGAAUCCUUGAGUUCAUCAGAGGGCAUGUCUUUGCUGGCUAGGGAUGUUUCUACAAUUCAAAACUUACAAGUCAUAGUAGAUCAGCCAGAGCAAAUUCCUGAUGCUACUCAAUCCCCUCCAACACCCACAAAAGUUACAACUAAUAACCCGCCCGAAGAGGGCUGAUAUUACCUGGCCACUUUGUCACAAUGGUAAUGUAUUAAGUGGCAGCUACAUUUGAAAACCUGAAACCGCCAAGGUGGAUAUUAUUUGAUAAAUGAGUGCACCAUUUGCCUAAUGACUGUGGUUUUGACAAGUUUAAAUUAUAAGGUCAAUGAAGUGAAUCUAGUAUAUUGAAGUAACUACUGUAAUGUUGUUCUUAUAUGCAAGCAGGAGUGCUGUGAUGUGAGCGUUAAUGAAACUUUGGUUCUUUGUGCAUGGCUCUACCCUCCUUCCCCAAAUUUUCUAUCGCAUGGAAGGGGGCACACUCUUGUUUUGCAUUUUGAAAUAUUUUUAUUUGAUGUCUGUCUCUAGUCUGGGUUUCAUAAGCGUGGGAUACAAAUAUCUGUUAAAUUUGUCUAUUUUAUUACCAAUCACCUAAUGAAUUGUGUUUAAGAAAACUCUUCUCUUUUGUUAUGGUAACAGAUAUUGUCUAAGAGCCUGUUGUGUUUUAAUCAUCAAUAUGAGAUAAAAAUAUUGUCAAUCAUUAACAAGGGGUCUUGUUUUAAUUUAUAGCCAUUAAUCCUUAUUUGUUGUAAAGGAACACUAAAUUUUAAUGCGACAAAACAAAAGAGAGAACAUUCUAAAACAUAUCCUACUUUAAAAAGUUCCCUCAUUACACGUGAAUCUUGUGAAUGAUACAUCUCUGUGAAACUUGUCUCAGAUUGAUUUCAAUGUGCUCUCAUCAGAGGAAGUUGAGUUCUGUGUGUGUGUGUGUCUCUGUUUUCUCUAUGAGACUCAUUUUCUCUUAAUAUUUUGAUCAUACUCAGCUCUCUAUUCGGACCAAAAUUUGCAUUAGAUGGUUAGUUUGGAGAUAAGUGGCCGGUCAAUCUAACAGACUGAAGUUAAUCUUAUAAUAGUGCUUCUGGACAGAAUUAUGUAUCUGAUACCAUGUUAUGUUUUAAACAAUUGCAGAAAAAUUUGCAUCUUAUCUUGAUUCUUAACUUUUGGGUUCAGUUCUUUUAGGAAUUGGCAGUUUAUACUGGACAAUGAACAUAUUUUAAUAUCUCAUGCAAAGGCCACUGGCAGACCCACUUUUACAUCUUGGUUUUAUUGAACUGCUUUAGUUGCCCAGUUGUGAAUGCAAGCAAAACAUUUAUGAACUUUUUAUAAAUGAGAAUUAAGUUGUUGGUUCAAUUUUAAUGUUGCAAAUCAUUGGUUCAUAGACCCAAAAUGAAUCAAAUAGGUGCUAUUUUUGAGUGGUCUGUAUUAGCCAGAUUACUAGAGCUGUUCUUUUUGGAAGCUUUUAAAUGUAACAUAUUAUUUGUAAUUUUUUAAUUAUAGUCUACUAGAAUGAAGAAGCCGCUUGGAAUAUUAUGUAAGAAUCGAAAUUAAUUCUAGAAAUCUCCUAUCAGUUGCAUUUUUUCUUUGCAGCAGCCAGUCAUUAAGAAAAGCAGCCGCUAAAAUGUUGUCAUAUGGUCUUGUCUCAGGGCCUUUGAAUGUAGUACUUGUUGCUGUUUCUUUUCUUUAUGUGCUUGUGCUGUCACUUGUAAUGGUGUAAAACAAAUAAUUAGGGCUAUGAGAGAAAAGAACGGAUGAAGGAGGGAUCAAUGAAAGACUGAGAGGCACAGAUUGCUUCUGCAACCCAGCUAGCUGGGCUGCUUAUUUUUAUGAUGCACCAUUGUGCUAAUCUGUUAAAUAAAUUUAAAAAAAAAUAGUGAAUUAUCUUAUCUAUCUGGAGAUGGUGCAAAUGUCAUGUUAUAUCUGUACAUAACUUCACAUAUAAGUUGUAAGUUUGAAAUAUUUAUAAACUACAAUGGUUUUAAGAUUUGUUGUACAAAGUCAGGUGAUUUAAUGUUAAUACACUUUUCAAAAUAUAUUUAGCCAUAGCUAGAGAACAGAAGGAGGGUAGGCAUUGUAAGGAUUUUGCCUUGUCAAGUAUCAUCAUACUGACGUCUAUUACUUUUGUGCUUUCAUCAUCAGAACUUGAGUUUUGUAUGGCCUCAAAAGUGUGUUAAAAAAUCAUACCCCGCCCUUCACUUCAACUGUGUGCUACUUCCAGAUCAGAAUAUUCUGCUGAAAAUGCGUGAUAGAUGGUGAAAUACAUAUUGUUAUAUUUUGUUGACUGAAUGUGUUGUAUUCCAAUGGCCAUAUAUCUAAGUUACUUGUUGUAAAUGUGAUGUCUGUAUGUUAACGUGUUGGGACGUUCUACAGAGAGUCAGAAAAUUAUCUGAACUGGGUUACAUCUGAUAAUGUGGAGGAAGAGAAUAAAGUGAAUUCUCAUA